AUAAAUUUAAUACAAAUUAUAGCUAAUAGAUAUCUAUCGGUUAACAGUUUUAUUUUUAAAUGUUUAUCAAAUAAUUUAAUUUUUUUGUGUUUAUCAAUUAUCAAUUACAUUUAAAAGGUGAAUUAAACACUCCUUAAUAAAAUUAAAAAUUUAGAAAAUCGGCUUUAAGUUUAAAUAUAUUUCAAUUGAAGUUAGAUAAAUAAAAAAUAAUAAUAAAAAUUGAAAAUUUUUUAUAAAAAUUUCAAGCUCAGCGGAUAUCUCAAAACUAAUACUAAUGAGUUUACAGAAAAUAACAAAACCAAUAGAUUUUUUUUAAUUAUAAAACUUUCUUUUUUUUUUAAAUCGAUGAACCAAUAGAUUUUGUAAUAAUUAAUUAAAUACAGCAACUUUUAGUUAAUUACAAGCUUUGAAGUACUCUAUGUAUAUGUCUAUCUUCAGAUACCCACACAAUAUAUAAUUCUAAACCAUGCAGAAAAUCCUAAAUUAAGUACAAAGAUUAAAUCCUAAUUAGAGCAUAAUAAGGAUUCUAAUUAAAUUAUAAUCCAACAUUGAGUUGUACUUCUAACACCCUUCUCCUAUAUAUACAGAUACGCAUACAUGACAUGAAUAGAGAAAACUGUCAUGGCAAUUACUAACAUGAAGAUUACUCUAUUAGCAGCAGCAGCAGCUAUUUUCAUCUUCUCUAUGCCUGCCAAUGGAGAUGGCAGAAGAAGCUUCAAUGUGAUGGAUUUUGGUGCAAUUGGAGAUGGCCAAACUGUUAAUUCUCAGGCCUUUUUAAAAGCAUGGAAAGCUUUAUGUGAAGUUGAAGAAGAUGAAGAUGGAAACAUACCAACACUUGAAAUACCUAACAGUACAUUCUUGCUUAACCCUAUUAAAUUCCAGGGUCCAUGCAAAUCUAACUCUAUUCAUAUUCAGGUUUCAGGGAAGAUAUUAGCAUCCAAAACCAUUAAAACUAAAUGGUGGAUACUCUUCACUAAUAUAAAUGGUUUGAUCCUAGAUGGUUCUGGCACUAUCAAUGGUCGAGGCUCUCAUUGGUGGAAAACUGAUGGGCAGAGUGGACAUAAAAAACCAAGGGCCUUGCAAUUUCAUAGAUGUGAUAACCUUCAAUUAAGUGGACUAACUCAUCUCAAUAGUCCUAAAGGACAUAUGGGUUUGAAUUACUGCAAUGGUGUCUCUAUCUCUAAUCUUACCAUCAUUGCUCCUGAAGAUAGUCCUAAUACUGAUGGAAUUGACAUCUCUUAUUCAACCCAAGUUAACAUAUCUAACUCUAACAUUGGAACUGGUGAUGAUUGUAUUGCCAUUAAUGGGGGCUGCUCCUAUAUCAACAUUAAUAAUGUUACGUGUGGACCAGGCCAUGGAAUCAGUGUGGGAAGUUUAGGGGAGAAAGGAGGCACUGAUUUAGUGGAAAAUGUAUCUGUAAGAAACUGUACUUUCAUCAGAACUCAGAAUGGCGUAAGAAUCAAGACAUCACCGGGAGGCUCAGGAUAUGCAAGAAACAUAUCGUUUGAGCAAAUCAUUCUCCAGGAAACUAAGAAUCCUAUCAUAAUAGACCAGAAUUACUGCAAUGGACAUAAAUGCAAAGAAAAGACAUCUGAAGCAGUGAAAGUGAGUGAUAUAAAAUAUAUUGGUGUUGAAGGAACAUCUGAUAGCGAGGAAGGAAUUAAACUAGAUUGUGCUAAAUUGGGUUGUAUCAAUAUCAUGAUGGAACAAAUUAACAUUACUUCAUUUGAGCCUGGAAAAGAGAUUUCUGCCUACUGUAACAAUGCUAAUGGAACUUCUACAUUUACCACCCCUCAUGUCCCCUGUUUAUUGGGGUGAAAAACAAAAUUAUUUUAUGUUAUGUGGAACUUUGAGAAAUGUAAUCUUGCACAAUUGGUGAAUUUAUUUCUUUUUAUAAUUA